AUGUCUGAUCCUCUGUGGCUGGGUGGACAAUGCCAACACACAAGCCAAUUUCCCAAUGUGGGUUUAGCAAAUGCCAAAAUAUUGGGUGCGAUUACUUACCGGAGUGGGCCGGAAUGGGAGGAGAGAUUCGGCAGGAGAAGGCUCUCCAAAAGACCCUCAUUCGGUCCCGAUUUCGAAAUUGAAAAGUAUUUGGAGAAAGUAACUCAAGAGGCUUUGCAUCGAGGUCAUCCGAAUGCCUACCUGUACUUGACUAAGGCAAUGGAUCUAUACGACUUGAGUCGUGGUUACGCGUCGCUGGAAGAAAGCUUGGCACGGAUAAAAGCACGGACACUCGUGCUGGGGGUGCAAAGCGAUAUUCUCAUACCCAUCUGGCAACAGCAGGAGGUCGCUACCAGACUCAAGGCAGCUGGGAAUGAGGAGGUUACUUACUAUGAAUUGGAUUCUAUCUAUGGGCACGAUACGUUCCUAUUGGAUGUAGACAAUGUGGGCGCUGCGGUGAAGGGCCAUUUGGAAAGCAUCUAA